AUGGCGUCACCCCUUCCCGCCGCGGCCCCCUGCCCUAACUCGCGCCCUGGAGCACCCGCCACUGCAGCAGCCGCCCCUGGAGCAGCCGCCCCUGCAGUAGCCGCCCCUGGAGCAGCCACCACUACAGCAGCCGCCCCUGGAGCAGCCACCCCUGCAGCAACCGCCCCUAAAGUAGCCGCCCCUGCAGCAGCCGCCCCUGGAGCAGCCGCCCCUGAAGCAGCCGCCCCUGGAGCAGCCGCCACUACAGCAGCCGCCCCUGGAGCAGCCACCCCUGCAGCAGCCGCCCCUGGAGCAGCCGCCCCUUCAGCAGUCGCCCUUGCAGCAACCGCCAUUGCAGCAGCCGCCCCUGGAGCAGCCGCCCCUGCAGCAGCCGCCACUGCAGCAGCCGCCUCUGGAGCAGCCGCCCCUGCAGCAGCCGCCCCUGGAGCAGCCACCACUGCAGCAGCCGCCCCUGGAGCAGCCGCCCCUGGAGCAGCAGCCCCUACAGCAGCCGCCCCUGCAGCAGCCGCCCCUGGAGCAGUCGCCACUGCAGCAGCCGUCCCUGGAGCAGCCGCCCCUGCAGCAGCCGCCACUGCAGCAGCCGCCCCUGGAGCAGCCACCCCUGCAGCAGCUGCCCCUGCAGCAGCCGCCCCUGCAGCAGCCGCCCCUGCAGCAGCCGCCCCUGGAGCAGCCGCCACUGCAGCAGCCGCCCUUGCAGCAGCCGCCCCUGGAGCAGCAGCCCCUACAGCAGCCGCCCCUGCAGCAACCGCCCCUGGAGCAGCCGCCCCUUCAGCUGUCGCGGAGCCCUCGCCCUACAGUGGUCGCGGCCUCGCCAUUGCCGCCGUCGUACACCUGCCCUUCUUGCCCGUACUGACGUAG